AUGUGUUGGGGCAACAGUAACAUCGGAAAUAAAUCCGAAGAAAAGAAGCAGCAGCAACUGCUACUGCUUUUGCUGCUGCUGAGGCUGUCACUGCUGCUGCUGCUGCUGGCUUUGCUGCCGCCGUUGUUGCUGCUGUUGCUGCGGCGAUCACCGCUGUUAUGGUUGCUGCAGUUGGUGAUCUUGCUGCUGCUGCUGCUGCUGCUGAAUCGGAAUUCAGGUGUACGUACACAUAUUGCAAUUCCUCUUCGUCUGCUCUGUAGAAAGACUCUUUCGCCGCCGCUUCCUCCUCUUGGGGAUUGUCCAUUGCAGCGUCUUGGCCGUUCAGAAGUUUCCUUGCUGAGGAAUCAAAAAGCAAAAACAAAAAUGCAAAAUAAGAAAAGUUCGAAAAUAAAAACAUUUGAUAAAAAGAUUGAAAGUUUUAAUUCGAAUUAA